AUGCCGGCAGUGCCGCUGUUUCUAAGGGCAUCCACGUCAAAUCAAAGGGAAAACUUUGGCCAACUAAACGCCAUCGAGAACAGGCGCAUCACUGGCAGUUUAGACGCGGAGACGAUAUCUGAUGGACCGAACUUGGAUCUGUGGGCAAUCACCGAUGCUAUCAUUCCAGUGAACGUCAAGCGGAACAGGUACUCUAACGUGUUUCCGUGGAACAAGAAUAGGGUCCAGCUCCCAGUCAAACCAGGUGCCUCAGACUACAUCAACGCGUCAUAUGUGACUGUACAAGACAUCGACGGCAAUCAAGACAACUACAUUGCCUGUCAGGGUCCCUUGGAGACCACUGCCCAUCACUUCUGGACCAUGGCGUUCAAUGAAUCGGAAAAGCAGCAGAAUGACACCAUUAUCAUCGUCAUGGUCACUCCCUUGAUCGAGAGCAACAUGAUCAAAUGCAGCAAAUACUGGCCCGAUAGUAGCCACCCGGUCAUAGACUACUCCGGCCUUGUGCGCAAGGAUGGUAUAGAUUUGCCCAAACUCACGGUAUCCUACGUCGCUGAGGAGUACAACACUGAAGGCGACUACCUUUUGACCAACUUCGAAUUGAGCGUGGGAAACAAGGUCAAACAGGUCUACCACUACUACUACUACAAAUGGGCUGAUGCAAAAGUGCCUCCCUCUAUUGCUCCAUUGAUUAAAUUGUCACAAGAUGUCCGUACUACCGUUGGUGCUGCGGGCGGUGCCAGCAAUCCUGUCCCUAUUGUGCAUUGCUCGGCAGGCGUGGGCAGAACAGGUACCUUCAUCGCCAUAGACCACCUUUUCCAUGACCUUGAGCAUCUUGCUACAAGCUCCGGCAAGAGAAAGGAGUACGACAUCAGCCAGGACCCGAUUCUUCACACUGUUGCUCAAUUGAGAAGCAACAGAAUGAUGAUGGUGCAAACAGUUUAUCAGUACAACUUCCUCUAUGAUGCGGCUAGGGAAUUGUUGGACCAGGUCAAGCCAUGA